UGUUACAGCGGCUGGCUUGCCGCAUAUGUUUUCUGUUCCCUGGGGCCACAGUGUUUUCAACGGGACUCAACUUACUAUUUACUGGACUCGCUAUGGCCGCUUGACCCGGGCUGAAAUCCCCCCUUCUUCAGUCAUCAUUUGAUCGAGACUUUUCCAGAUAAACUUUCGUCGUCUGUCUAGUUUUUAUGUCAAGAAACAAGGAUGCAACCCCCACCGAGAAAGGUCCGGGUCACCCAGGAGCUGAAACACACUCAUGCAGAGCAGAUGAGCAGAUUACACAUCAAACACCAGACAGAAUGUGACCUCCUGGAAGACCUGAGGACUUUUAGCCAAAAGAGGGCGGCUGUAGAGAGGGAUUACGCCCAGGCCCUCCAGAAGUUGGCAAAUCAGUAUCUAAAGAGGGAAUGGCCAGACAGUCCAACAGAUGAACAAGAAGAUCAAAGGAACAUGUAUUGUUUAUGGAAGGCCUAUUUGGAGGGCACAGUCCAGGUCACUCAGUCCAGAAUCAGCGCCUGUGAUAACUACAAAGUUCAGGUUGCCGACCCAGCCAAGACAGUCAGACUGCAGAAGGAGCAGCAGCUGAGGAAGUGUAUUGAUCAGCUGGCAGUGGUUCAAGCCGAGCUGCAGGAGUCGGUGAAAGAGUUGACCAAGAGUAGGAAGAAGUACCAGGAGGCAGAGACGAUGGCACAGGCUGUCCGAGAGAAGGCCGAGCUGGAUGCCAAGUCCAAGUUAAGUCUCUUCCAGUCCAGAUCCAGUCUUCAGAGGGCAAGCGUAAAGCUGAAAGCAAAGAGGAGCGAGUGUAACUCCAAAGCCACCCACUCCAGAAACGACUACCUUCUCAUGAUAGCAGCUGCGAACGCUCACCAGCAACGCUACUAUGACACAGACCUCAUAGACUGCAUCAAGAUCUUGGAUGGCAGAAUCUAUGAGCAGGUAAAAGAUUAUCUGGUCUCGCUGUGUCAGACUGAGCUGGAAAGUUACCAGGCUGUCCACAAUACCUUCAGCCACCUCCUGAACAGCUCAAAUGGGGUACUGCAGGAGUUUCACCAGCAGCUGUUUAUACAGAAGAACCUCGUGUUUCAGCAAGCGCCGGACUUCUUGUACCAGCCCAUCGAAUCAGAUACGGUGAUGCAGCUGCUAAAAGAGAGUGGAACGGCGGAGGAGCACAGCCUGGAUAAAGAGGCGAGGAAAUGGGCGAGCCGCGUGGCCCGAGAAUACAAGAGCAUCAUCCACACCCAGAGGGCCCUGGAGGAAUAUGGGACACAGGAAUCAACCGAGCAAAACAACAGCGAGCUGGACACGAAGAUGGAGGUCGCCAGGCAGAGUCUUCGGAGGGCAGAGACGGUGAAAGCAAAAGCAGAGGCCCGUCUGGACUUGCUGAGGCAGGCGGGUGUUGCUGUCGAAACGUGGCUGAAGAGCGCCAUGAACCAGGUCAUGGAGGAGCUGGAGAACGAACGCUGGAACAACCUCAGUACCCAUGAUCCUUCGCUCUCUGGAACGGCAGAUCUGGAGCGAGAGGAUGAGGAGGAAAUGGAGGACAGCGGAGAAGUGUUAGAUGACAGCAGCUCCAGCCCCUCCAGCACCUUAAAAAACUAUCCCCUCACCUGCAAAGUACUCUACUCCUACAAGGCGUCUCAGCCCGAUGAACUGACCAUAGAGGAGCAGGAAAUCUUGGAGGUCAUUGAUGACGGAGACAUGGAGGACUGGGUCAAGGCCAGAAACCGCAGUGGACAGAUAGGCUACGUCCCGGAGAAAUAUCUGCAGCUGCCUUCCUCCAACAGCCUACUGAGUAUGCUGCAGGCUCUGGCCGCACUAGACGCCAGAUCCCAUUCCUCCAGUAACUCCACUGAACCUGAAACCGAGUUACCAACCGGCUCCGUCAAUGGAGACUCCAGUGUAUCAUUUGCGAAGGCCCUGUACGACUAUGCGGGACAAACGGACGACGAGCUGUCGUUCCCAGAAGGCGCCAUCAUCCGCAUCCUGAGCAGAGAGACCCACGAGGACGAUGGCUUCUGGGAGGGAGAGUUCAACGGCGUCGUCGGCGUCUUCCCUGCAGUUCUGGUGGAGGAUCUCACCAGCGCCAGCGAGAACGGAGAUGGGCAGAGAGAUGGCAGCGCACAGGCGUCUCCCUCCCCUCUGGCCCAGUGCGACAGAUCCCCUCGUAGUCCCUUCCAGCCGGGGCCUCUCCACAGCAGCCCGCUUCAGACCCCCACCAUGUCCUCUCCUCAGUCGAGUCCCUGCAGCGCCACGGCUUCUCCCAUUGGCCGACCACCCUCCUAUCACAAUGGACAUCACAGGCCACCACCUGCACCCCACAAAAGCCCCUUUCAGAGUCCAGCUCAAGGCUCCCCUCAACCUCCUAAAUACCCAGAGACUGGCUCCAGCACCAUUCGACCUGUCCGUGCUGCUCCUCCGCCCCCUAAGCAGCAUCCUCGUGGGCAGGUGAAGAGGAGGGAGGAGGUGGAGAUCACGCUGGUGUGAAGGCGACACCCUGGUGGUGGCGGCAGCUGCAGCAGCGACUCUGUUCAAACCAGCCGGGACUCUGUCCCUUCUAAACGCACUCCCAAACGAAGCCAGAGGAAACUUAAACCCCCCUGAAGACGCCCGGAGGCCACGAGAGGCUCUACACUUAAGUCCUCUCGUCUUUUCACACAACACCUCGAAGGGUUUGUGUACUGUGGAGGAAUAUUGUGCCUUUCUCUUCACUAUACUCCAUUUUAAUCUCCCUCGCUCAGUGUUUGUCUCCUAUUUGAUAAAUAGGUCAGAUAUUGUAAUUUGUAUUCAAAGUUUAUACAUCUAUUGUGAAUCAUUUCAAGUCCUGACAAAAUGAUAACUGGCAGAAUAUCUGCUGUCAGUAUCAAAUCUCAGUCUUGGAAUUGGUUCAAAUCCUGUUUCUGUUCUUUGUUAUCGCUCAUAGUAAAUGAUAAAGUGAUAGCGAGCAAGUAACCUGUCACAGUGUACGACGUAAAAUAUAGUAAAACCAGUUAAUGGAAGAAAUGAUUCGCUCGUUGGGGCGAAGUACAAAAACACUUAUUUCUAACAAACCAUCUCGACUGUGUUGACGUUUGAGGGAACGGAGAGCUGCAGACUCCACAGGAGAGGAAGCUACCGUAGCAUCGUAUUAGCUCCUCUGUCGGAGCGAUCAGUAAACAUUUGAGUGAUGUUAAAGGAUCAGUGUGUAGAAUUUAGUGGCAUCUGGCAGUGGAGUGGCAGAUUGCAACCACCUUGCGCUCUUUUUCUUAGCUGAAGGAGAAACUACAGUGGCUGCAAAAACGUAUCAAAAAAUGCAAAAGGGCCUUUCUAGAGCCAGUGUUUAAUCUGUCUGUUCUGUAGAUCUGUCGCGUCUGUACACUGUACAGGCCCAUUCUGAGGUAUCCAAGACAUUAUGGUUAUUAUUUCACUUCUGCCAUAUUCAGGCCUGUAAAUCUGGCACACUGGACCUUUUUAAUAUUCUCAUCAAUCUCUCAAAGCAGAUUUUUCCAAAAUGUUAAACAUCAGUUCAGCAGCAAGACCUUGUGAUCAUGAGAUACAGAGUUAUCGUUUUCUUCUGUGAAUGCAGCACUCUUCCACACACACGUCAAAUAUCAUUAUUAACAUAUGAAUAAUAAUGAUUUCCCUUUUAACUAUAUCACUUACUGCGCGGCUCCUUCUGUCGAGAGGUUUCACAAUUGGAUUACUUCUAUGCAACAAACGUCACACCUGGCGGGACAUCGCAGCAUGUUGUAAACAUGUUACCUUCAACGCAAACCAAAAGUCUGGUUGUCUCCACGCUCGAUCAAAAAAAAAAAAAAAAAAACGCCAGCAUGGACGAGGCUGGUCCUCUCCUCGAACACACACACACACACACACGUAACUGCACACGGUUACACUAACAAGGGAAAAGUGGCAAUUUUAGUUGAGUGAUUGUUUUGUCCGUAGGGAGAAUCUCCUAGAAAAGUUGUCUUGAUCAAAAUACCAGAUUAUUACGUUACCUUUUUAUCGAUUUGAUUUUCAAUCCCUUCUUCUUCUUGCGUUAGUUUUCUUUGCACCAAAUGCCGAGAAAUUCCUAAAGGGAGAAACGUAGUGCGUACAUACAUAGUCUAAUGUUCUCUCUUUCUUUCUCUCUCUCUUUCUCGUGUUGUAAAAUAAAGAUCUAGAAAUGUUAUUAUGACACUAAUGGAGCCAGUGAAAUUUGCUGGCGAGCGCGGCGGUUUUGUUGAGGAGAAGGUUGCAGUUGGUGACAGUUUACACUGAGGUAAUGUGCAGUUUAAACAUGCCUUUUAUUUUUAAGGAGGAAAACAUCCUGAGCUGCUAGCUGUCCAAUUUUAAAAAAAUAAAAUCUAUACUGUCAUAGUGAAGCACUUUUUGAUGUCUUCUUAUUCCUUUUCAGUAUUGUGGAUGUUGUUUGUUCAAUAUUUCUUGUUUGACGUUUUGUUUACCAGCUAUAUUGGUAAGAUUUUUUUUCUUUUAUCGACUUUUGCGUUAUUUAGCCUUAAAUAGCCAUUGUAGUGUCUUUGAUUGAGAUUGACCUGUUGAUCGUAUUGUUUUUGAAAUAGUUUACAGAGAGCUUGGAGAUGGAUAUCUGUACAAAUAAUAGCACAGCUUUAUUUCCCCCCUUUUUGUUUUCUUUUUUUUUUUUUUUUAGAAUUAGGAUAGAAAAACCUAUUAUUAAACUUUAGUUCAAUUCGAUCAGAGGAAAAGAGAUAUCUGUCAGCCGCGUCGCUGUGUUCUCAUUGAUCUCCUUGAGAUCUGAAUGACAUCAAACUUAUUUUUGAAGUUUGCAUUUACCCUGUUGUAUUGAAACAAAUAAAAGAAGUCUCUUUUCCCAAUAGAGAAGUUGUUGUUAACUUGCUACUGGUCCUGAUUCCACGUUAAGUCUGAAAUUCAGUGACAAACUGCCCAUGUUUUACAAUGUAAGCUCUGCAGAGGCUGUCGAGCGUCAUAUAUACACACCAGUGGAUGUUUAACUGUAUUUAUUGUGUACAAAUAAAUGUGAAAUAAAGAUAGCUUAAAUGAA